CACUUCUCUUCCUCAACGUCAACAAAUUCCAAGCUUCAAUUAGUAAUAAUUACCAACAAUAACGUCUAUUCAAAAUGCAGUUCUCAAGCACCGCUAUCCUUCUCUUCAGCCUUUUCGCUGGCGCCUCCAUUGCCGCACCCACGCCCGCACCCGCACCACGCAAAGGAACCAGCAGCAACAUCGGCAACGGCAACGAAGCGGCAUUUGAAGGCCAAUUCUGUACCGACGGGGACUUCGACGGCGUUUGUCAAGCCAGCGGUCGCUGUGGACUGAGUCUCCCGCCCAACGAGUUCUCCCAGGUUUUCAUCAGCGGACAAUGUGGCCAGUAAAGCGGGCCAGGGAGUGGGAGUGGGAGCGUUGUUGAAGUAAUUAUCUCCGCUAGUUAAAGGGUUGGUAGUGGGAGAUAUGGAGAUAUGGUGCUGG